UCGAUCCGAUCAGAGAGAGAUGGCAGAAACCGCCCCAGCCCCGGCUGCUGCCGCCCCGGCCAAAGCGCCCAAGAAGAAGUCCGCUGCGAAAGCCAAGAAAGCAGGUCCAGGCGUCGGUGAGCUCAUCGUCAAAACUGUGAGCGCGUCCAAGGAGAGGAGCGGCGUGUCCCUCGCCGCCCUGAAGAAAGCUCUCGCUGCCAGCGGCUACGACGUGGAGAAGAACAACUCCCGCGUCAAGAUCGCCAUCAAGAGCCUGGUGACUAAAGGCACCCUGGUGCAGGUCAAAGGGACCGGCGCCUCGGGCUCAUUCAAGCUCAACAAGCAGCAAGCAGAGACCAAGAAGAAGCCGGCCAAGAAAGCGGCUCCUAAAGCCAAGAAGCCCGCGGCCAAGAAACCCGCUGCGGCCAAGAAGCCCAAGAGCGCCGCGGCAAAGAAGCCCGCCGCUAAGAAAUCGCCCAAGAAGGCCAAGAAACCCGCCGCCACAGCCGCUAAGAAGGCCACGAAGAGCCCCAAGAAGGCGAAGAAGCCAGCAGCCGCUAAGAAAGCAGCCAAGAGCCCCAAAAAGGCCAAGGCGGCUAAACCUAAGGCGGCAAAGCCUAAAGCCGCCAAGCCUAAAAAGGCAGCUCCCAAAAAGAAGUAAAAAUCUAGUUUGUUCCUCAACGGCUCUUUUAAGAGCCACCCACUAACUCUGAGUAAAGAGCAAAACU